CCAUCAUGGCGGCGCGGCAGUGACGGGCCGGGCGCGGUGGGAGCGAGCGGCGGAGCGGCUCGGCGCGAUGAUCCCGGGCGAGGAGGUGUCGGCCCGCAGGAGGGAGAUCGAGGACAAGCUCAAGCAGGAAGAAGAAACUCUGUCCUUUAUCAAAGAGAGCCUUGAGAAGAGUGACCAGCUCACCAAGAACAUGGUUUCAAUCCUCUCCUCCUUUGAGAGCCGUUUGAUGAAGCUGGAGAACUCCAUCAUCCCUGUCCACAAGCAGACAGAGAACCUGCAGCGCCUGCAGGAGAACGUGGAGAAGACCCUGUCCUGCUUGGAUCACGUCAUCAGUUACUACCACGUGGCCAAGGACACAGAGAAGAUCAUCAAGGAAGGCCCCACGGGGAGGUUGGAGGAAUACUUGAAUUGCAUGGACAAAAUCCAGAAGGCAGUGGAAUACUUCCAGGACAACAACCCCGACAGCCCGGAGCUGAACCGUGUGAAAUCCCUCUUUGAGCGGGGCAAGGAAUCCCUGGAGUCGGAGUUCCGCAGCUUGAUGACCCGACACACCAAGCCAGUGCCACCCAUCCUGAUCCUGGACCUGAUCAGUGGGGAUGAGGAGAUGGACACACAGGAGGAGAUGUCCCUGGAGCACCUCCCGGAGAGCGUCCUGCACGACAUCGUCCGCAUCUCGGGCUGGCUGGUGGAGAAUGGCAGGAACCAAGAUUUCAUGACAGUUUACUUCCAGAUCCGCUCCGUGCAGCUCGACCGCUCCAUCAAGGGGCUGAAGGACCAUUUCCGUAAGAACAGCUCCUCCUCAGGGGUGCCCUAUUCCCCUGCCAUUCAGAACAAAAGGAAGGACACCCCCACCAAAAAGCCCAUCAAGAGACCAGGCACGAUCCGUAAGGCUCAGAACCUUCUGAAACAGUACUCUCAGCAUGGUCUAGAUGGGAAAAAGGGGGCCUCUAACCUCAUUCCUAUGGAAGGGAGGGACGACGUCUUCGACAUCGAGAUCGACGCGUACAUCCACUGCGUCAGUGCCUUCGUCAAACUGGCCCAGAGCGAAUACCAGCUCCUGACAGAAAUUGUCCCAGAGCACCACCAGAAGAAGACCUUUGAUUCUCUCAUCCAGGAGUCGUUGGAUAAUUUGAUCAUGGAGGGUGAUAACAUUGUCUCAGCUGCCCGGAAAGCCAUCAUCAGACAUGACUACUCAGCUGUGCUCACAAUCUUCCCCAUCCUGAAGCAUCUCAAGCAGAUGAAGCCAGAAUUUGACCAGGUUUUGCAGGGAACUGCAGCAGGCACUAAGAACAAACUGCCAGGGCUGAUCACUUCCAUGGAGACCACUGGUGCAAAGGCACUGGAAGAGUUUGCAGACAACAUAAAGAACGAUCCAGACAAGGAGUACAACAUGCCAAAAGAUGGGACAGUUCAUGAACUCACUAGCAAUGCCAUCCUCUUCCUACAGCAAUUACUGGAUUUCCAGGAGACAGCAGGUGCCAUGCUGGCAUCACAAGUUCUUGGGGACACAUACAAUAUUCCUUUAGAUCCCAGAGAGACCAGCUCCUCAGCCAGCAGCUACAGCUCAGAGUUCAGCAGGAGGCUGCUGAGCACCUACAUCUGCAAAGUUCUGGGCAACCUGCAGCUUAACCUGCUUAGCAAAUCCAAGGUUUAUGAAGACCCAGCUUUGAGUGCCAUUUUUCUGCAUAACAACUACAACUACAUUCUGAAAUCUCUGGAGAAGUCUGAGCUGAUCCAGCUGGUGGCUGUGACACAGAAAACAGCUGAGAGAUCCUACAGGGAGCUCAUUGAGCAGCAGAUCCAGACCUACCAGCGCAGCUGGUUGAAGGUGACAGAUUACAUCUCUGAGAGAAACCUGCCUGUCUUUCAACCAGGAGUGAAGCUCAAGGACAAGGAGAGGCAGAUGAUAAAGGAGCGCUUCAAGGGUUUUAAUGAUGGGCUGGAGGAGCUGUGUAAGAUCCAGAAGGCCUGGGCCAUCCCAGACAUGGAGCAGCGGGACAAAAUCCGCCGGGCACAGAAAACCAUUGUGAAAGAGACCUAUGGUGCCUUUUUGAGCAGAUUUGGCAACGUGCCCUUCACCAAGAACCCUGAGAAAUACAUCAAAUACCAGGUUGACCAGGUGGGGGAGAUGAUUGAGAAGCUGUUUGACACAUCAGCAUAAAUUUCCAGCUGUUGUGAACUCUCCAGCUGCCACGUACAAGCCAGUGCUCUCUCAGCAACCCUUGGGACUCCCUUCCCUUCUCCCCUGCCCCAUUGUGGUGGGCAGGGUGUUAUACUUGUAUUUAUCAGAUUUAUAAAGCUGUGGAAACACUAA